AGAACACCAACAUUUUCUUUGAUUUUCACCACACAACAAGACUGUAACACACACCCAAAAGCCGAAACUUAUGGCCAGUACUCUUCACUUUCCCAUGGCCUCUCCGCUCCCAUCAGCUUCGACUUCUUCACAGUCCUUUAGACGAAGAUAUUUAAGGACCCCUUUUGCUGUAAAUGCUCAAAACAAAGGCAAAGUCCCCAUUCCCCCAAUAAACCCUAAGGACCCGUUUCUUUCGAAGCUCGCUUCGGUGGCUGCUACCUCGCCCGAAACGUUUCUAAACCGGCCCGUGAACUCUGACACUCCUCCUUACUUGGACUUGUUUGAUUCUCCCCAGCUCAUGGCUACUCCUGCACAAGUGGAAAGAUCAGUUUCCUACAAUGAGCAUAGGCCCAGAAGACCUCCACCGGACUUGCCUUCUCUGCUUCUUCACGGGAGGAUUGUUUACAUUGGCAUGCCUUUGGUGCCAGCUGUGACGGAGCUUAUCGUUGCAGAAUUGAUGUACCUUCAAUGGAUGGAUCCCAAAGAACCAAUAUACCUUUAUAUAAAUUCUACAGGAACUACUCGUGAUGAUGGUGAAACAGUUGGGAUGGAGACAGAGGGUUUUGCAAUCUAUGAUGCAAUGAUGCAGUUAAAGAAUGAGAUACAUACAGUCGCUGUUGGAGCCGCUAUAGGUCAGGCUUGUCUGCUACUUGCAGCUGGAUCUAAGGGUAAACGGUUUAUGAUGCCGCAUGCCAAGGCCAUGAUCCAACAACCUCGUGUCCCAUCAUCUGGGUUGAUGCCCGCAAGUGAUGUUCUAAUCCGUGCAAAAGAGGUAAUAACAAACAGGGACACUCUUGUAGAACUCCUGGCAAAGCACACUGGAAAUUCAGUCGAGACCGUGUUUGAUAAAAUGAAAAGACCAUUUUAUAUGGAUUCUGCAAGAGCCAAGGCAUUCGGGGUCAUAGACAAGAUUCUUUGGCGUGGUCAGGAAAAGAUAAUGGCAGAUGUUGCCCCUCCAGAGGACUGGGACAAGGGUGCUGGCAUCAAAGUCGUAGAUGGGCUUUAAUUUGUCUCUGGGCAGAUAUGUGGCUUCUGACUGAAAUAUGAAGUAUGGCUGCAAUGGACCCUUUAGCCGGAUAUGAUUGCCAAUUCAUGUGCAGUCUGCAGCUUGAUCCUUGUGAACAAUAUUCAGCUGCUCAGGGACUUCAUCAUAUAUUACAUUUCUGUUCUGCAUUGAUUGCAAUCGGGUGGCUUUU